GUAGACAUCAAUCGCAUGUCAUGCGUUAGUACUUGCGCCUAAAACUGAAGGAGGAAAUUAUUUAUUUAAAAACUGACGCAAGGGCGCUAAAUCUAAAACAAACUGAAUAAAAUAUGAAAAUAUAUGCAGCUGCACAAUCAGAAGUUUGUGAUACACGCACGAAAGAAUGGCGCCUCGCGUACAGCUUGAGAAAGCAGCCUGGCGCUGGGUCGAGUCGGUGAGACCAGAGGACAUACAACGGGAACAUAUUGAGAUAGCUUACCGAAUCUGUGUACCGGCGUGCAAGAGGGGAGCAUGCAGGAGGAAUUGCAAGGGGAACCCAAAUUGUCUUGUCGGUAUUGGGGAACAUGCCUGGUUGGGAGAGAUUGACGAGAACACCUUCCACAACAUUGACGAUCCUAACUCGGAGCGCCGGGACAAGAACACGUUUGUGGGUCUGACAAACCUGGGCGCCACAUGUUACGUCAACACCUUUCUGCAGGUGUGGUUCCACAACCUGGAGCUGCGUAGGACCCUGUACCUGUGUCAGAACGCCAGGGCAGAGGAGCACAACAUGGACUCAGACUACGAGCCUCGCAGCAUAUGUGAACACCUGCAGUACCUGUUUGCACUGCUACAGAACAGCAACAGAAGGUACAUAGACCCCUCAGGGCUGGUCAAGGCUCUGGGGCUGGACACAGGACAACAGCAGGACGCUCAAGAGUUUUCCAAGCUCUUCCUCUCGCUAUUGGAGGAUACCUUAUCCAAACAGAAGAACCCAAACCUGCAUAAUGUCAUCCAGCAGCAGUUCUGUGGCCAGAUGUCUUACGUCACUGUGUGUAACCAGUGUGGUCGUGCUUCUCCUCUGCCGUCCCGAUUCUACGAACUGGAGCUCAACAUCCAGGGCCACAAGAACCUUACAGAAUGUGUUACAGAGUUCCUCAAGGAGGAGAAGUUGGAUGGUGACAACCGCUACUUCUGUGAAAGCUGCCAGAGCAAACAGAACGCCGCUCGACGCAUCAAACUGCACAGCCUCCCACGGGUACUCAACCUGCAGCUCAUGCGUUUCGUUUUCGACAGACAAACUGGUCACAAGAAGAAGCUCAACACCUUCAUCAGUUUCCCAGAGCAGCUGGACAUGGGCCCGUUUCUGGAGGAAAAAGAAGAUGAGAAGUGUGUGUACGAGCUGAGUGCGGUCCUGAUCCACCGCGGGGUCAGCGCCUACUCGGGUCACUACAUCGCCCAUGUGCGAGACGCCCGCACCAGCGACUGGUACAAGUUCAACGACGAGGAGAUUGAGAAGAUGGAAGGCAAAAAGCUACAGCUGGGCAUCGAGGAGGACAUCGCCGAGACGGUGAAGUCCCAGACCCGUAAGCCCAAGUGCAGUAAAGGAUAUCACUGCUCCAGAAAUGCCUACAUGCUGGUGUACAAAUGCCAGAGAGAGGAGGACACAGACCCCAUGGAGACAAACAUUGAGGUGCCAGGCUUUCUGGGGAGGCUGGUGGACCGAGACAACAGGAAGUUUGAAGAGUGGUGCCUGGAAAUGGCCGACAUGCGCAAGCAGAGCGUCGACAAGGGCAAGGCCAAGCACGAAGAGGUGAAGGAACUCUACGAGCUUUUACCUGCGGAAGAUGGCCAAGAGUAUGAGUUUGUGCCUCUGGAGUGGCUGAAGAAAUGGCUGGAUGACUCGACGGUCACCAAAGAAAUCGACAACGGCAACUUCCUGUGUUCUCACGGUAAACUUCACCCAGACAAGGUGGGGGAGGCCAAGAGGAUCUCCGUCAAAGCUGCAGAGCUUCUCUUCGACAAAUAUGGAGGAGGACCCAGGCUAGAUGGCUCAACUCUCUGUGAGGAAUGUGUGGGACAGAGAUGCAGGGUGCUGCGGCUAAAGAACCAGCUGGCCGAGGAUUACAAAGAAGUCACCAACCUUGUCAAGUGCCCGCCCAAAAGUGAUGAGGGGUACUGGGCGGGCAAGACGUCUCUGCGGAGCUGGAGACAGUUGGCCUUGGAGCAGCUGGAGGAGGAUGAGGAGGAGACCAAACACAGCAACGGCAAAACCAACGGAGAGGGACCAGAGAUCACUGCUACUAAAGAGUACGGCCCGGAGAACCUGGACGGAGACGAGGAGGAAAUGAAGACCUUCAACGAGGACAUCCUCUGUCGGCAUGGCGGUCUGAGUAUCCUGGAGAGCGAGCGGCGGCUGGUGACUGAGGAGGUGUGGUCCAAACUGAGGGUGUACUUCCCCAAAGCCCCCCAGUUCACCCAGCUACAGGAGCCCUGUCAGCAGUGCUUGAGGCUGGAGCGAGAGGGGAAGGAGAAUGAGGCUCUGAACAGGAUGAUGGCGUCGGAACAGAAGAGCUCCUUACUCAACCUCUUCCAGGAGAAGAACAGGCCCACACUCACCAAGUGGCCACAGGAGACAGAUAUUCUCUACAUAGUUCCUCUGUUCUUUGUAGACGAGUGGAGAAGGUUCAUCAGGAGGCCCACUAAGACCACCCCAGUGUCAAGCGUAGGGAACAGUUUGCUCCUAUGUCCACAUAGAGGCUUCAUGUUCACCUUCGACUCCAUGUUAAAGGGAGACGCCCAACAUAUAGCUCUUCUCUGGCCCGACGAAUGGGAGGUGAUCAGCAGACACUUCCUGGUUGAUCAGCCAAUCUCCAUCUGCCGGAUCAGCGGGGCCACACCCAACGGCUCCAGUGUGGAGUACACCACCCAGCCUGAGUUGUGUAGGGACUGCAGAGAAGGCUUCAUUUUCCAGCAGCAGAGGGACAUGAGAGAGUAUGCACAAGCCACAGUCUACGUACGCAAGGUCAUAGACGACAAGAGGUUGAAGGAUGCAGCUCCUGAGAUGAAUGUGAGCGGGUCGGAGGCAGAGGAUGAGAGGGAGGAGCCUGUUGCUAAGGUGGAUGGAGAGCGAGACCCUGAUUUCAGCCAGUCAGAGGACGGGGCAAAGCGUCAGAAGCUGAGUGACGGCACCGUCAGUGCUGCCGCAAGUCCCACCCCCCUGGCCAGUGGUGGCAAAUCGGGGAUCAGGAGGAGCACGAGGCACAGGAAGCUCCGGGGAGAGAAAGCACUCAUCGUCUCAGCCAAUCAGACGCUCAAGGAGUUGAAAAUACAGAUCAUGCACGCCUUCUCCGUGGCCCCGUUUGAUCAGAACCUGUCGAUCGACGGCCGGUGUCUUACGGACGAUUCUGCCACCCUCGGCAGCCUAGGAGUCAUCCCAGAGAGCGUCAUCUGUCUGAAGGCUGAUGAACCCAUAGCAGAUUUUGCAGCAAUGGAUGAUGUUUAUCAGGUGUGUAUGCCUGAAGAAGGAUUCAAAGGGACUGGGCUUCUUGGCCACUGAAGAGAACACAAGUCGCUGCCCUCGAAGCGGACUGAAGCUGGACAACAAGAAUAAAAUGCUUGAAAUAGUGUCCAUGAAUGGGGGAAAAAGUGCUUUAAUUUUUUUCUUUUUUAAACUGUGACUAUGUUGCAAACCCUUUCUUUAUCACAAAAGUAGCGGCUGGCUUUUAAUAUUUAAAGACGUUUAUGCAUUCUCUGGGACUAUGUGGUCACACUCUCUUUGCCCGGACUGUGAGCAGAAACGGGUCAUUAGUUGAGUGGCAUCUUCCAAUAUGGAGCCCAAACUUCUCUCUUCUGUCUGCUUCCGUAGGCUUCUGAGAGGAUAGGCCCAGUCGUAGAAGGUGCCCAUUUUUAUUUCGAUUGUAGGACAAAAUUUUCCUUGAAUUUUACAAGAGAAAUUUUUUUGUUCAAUGGAAGCUUGUGGUCAUAUUUAAAGAAUGCAUAAUACAUAUUUAAAGAAUGCAAAUGUUAAAUAUUGAAAAUUGUAACUGUUCGGUGGUUAAACAACCUCAACAAAGUUAACAAAAUACUCCCUUGUGACAUUUAGGAGAAGAAAAUAUGUAUAUUUCUUAAAUGAAUUAAAAAAAACAUAGGACAUUUAGAUUAGAUUGUGCUGCAGUCAGAAACAGAUGCAGGCCUUGGUGUGAGCUGUUCUUUUCUCUAUUUCAUAUGGGCAAUAAAGUUAUGUUUUCUUCUAAUUUGAAUGUACAGAUUCUCA